UUCCCAUGGAGGAGGGAGCCCAAUGUGGGGCUCAAUCCCAGGGCCCCAGGAUCAUGACCUGAGCCAAAGGCAGACGCUUAACAACUGAGUCACCCAGGCACCCCAGUCCCUCAGUCUCUUAAGCCUCAGUAUCCCCAUCUGUAAAGUGGGUGUGACGACAACUGUAUAUGAGGAUGAAAAAGAAAGCUGCAUCUAUUUAAAAAAAAAAAAGAUUCUAUUUAUAUGAGAGAGCGAGGGCCCGUGCAUGCGUGGGGAGGGAGGGGCAAUGGGAGAGGGACAAGCAGACUCCCCACUGAGCACAGGGCCUGACACAGGGCUCAGUCCCAAGACUCUGUGAUCACCACCUGAGCCGAAGUCAGACGCUUAACCAACUGAGCCACCCAGGCGCUCUGAAUGAGAGAAACAUCAGUUGAGCAAAAAAGCUUCCCCUGUCGCUGCUGAAGACGGCUCAGAAUCAUCCCAUGUUGGUGGAACUCAAAAAUGGGGAGACAUACAAUGGGCACCUGGUGAGCUGUGAUAACUGGAUGAACAUUAACCUUCGAGAGGUGAUCUGUACAUCCAGGGAUGGGGACAAGUUUUGGCGGAUGCCCGAGUGCUACAUCCGUGGCAGCACCAUCAAGUACCUGCGUAUCCCCGAUGAGAUCAUCGACAUGGUCAAGGAGGAGGUGGUGGCUAAGGGCCGUGGCCGCGGCGGCCUGCAGCAGCAGAAGCAGCAGAAGGGCCGAGGCAUGGGGGGUGCCGGGCGAGGUGUGUUUGGUGGCCGGGGCCGAGGUGGGAUCCCAGGCACAGGCAGAGGUCAGCCGGAAAAGAAGCCGGGCCGACAGGCGGGCAAACAGUGAGCCGACCCUCCGUCCGUCCCCGAGAGACUGAGCCGCCACUGAGCAUCUGGUCCCGCUCCCUGAGGCUGUGUUUCUACUCUCCAGGUCACAAGUGUGUUCAGAACAAAGAGAAGCAGGUGUUGGGGAAGAGCCCCCCUCCCCACCUGUCAUUUUGUGAUCCUUUUUACAUAAAGUACCCCCCCCCCUUUUUUUAAGCCAGCAGUUCUACAGUUGGAUAUGUUAUUCAGUGUUUUUGGUUUUCUGAAGUCUCCAAGCUGACUUGAUUCCUGGAAGAGUCUGUGUUUAAUGUGUCUUUAAAGCCCUCGCUCUUGUUUUAAGGGCGGGCACUUUCCAAACAGGCUUGUUUUGCAUUUUGAGUUGGAUCCUCGUGUGGUGAACAGACCGGAGGUUUUUAUUUUAAGCUGUUUGCACUGAGAUUGACAGCCUUGGGAGUUUCCUGAAACACGGACCUCAGGAUUGCCUUUUGAAAACAAAUACGUAUGAACGUAUGCCACAGAAGCUGUUCCUGGGACAUUGCUGGGCCCUGCCCCUUUGCCUCCUCUCUCCCUGUUUGUGUUACAAGAAUAAAAACAAAUACAACUACAAA